UAUCUGAAGGCAAUCUGCAUCUUAACAGCCUGCAAAAUGAAAAUUGGUGAUCAUCAAGCAGAGCUUAUCUUCCGUAACAAACCAAUUGAUGUAGUCAAAGAGAGAAAAUAUUCUAAGAUGCUUGCAACACAAUUUGAUUCAGAAGACGUUUCUGAAGGCAAAUUUUACCGACUAAAGCUUCUUCCUGAACAGUAUUGCUACGAAGAAUACUAUUAUCCUGAAAACAAGCCUUAUCGAGUUUACUUUCAUAAUGUUUGCAAUCGUUGGUUUGUCUACAAAACUUAUCAACGGAUUGACGAUUUAUCCACGAUGGAUAAUUUCAACGCAAAGGCUUACUAUAUAUGCGUGAUGCCGAAUCAUAUAAUGAAGCGUGCUAAUUUCAAUGAAAUAUGUGAUUUUAUCUCGACAGUAUCGGUACUACACGGAGAAGAACAACGUAAAUUAGAAUUACAGAAUACUACUGGAGGAGGAUUUCGAGCUAAUAUGCGCACAAUGAAAGGCCGGAAAGUUCCUCCAACAUUUUUGGCAUCAUAUGCCAGAGAACAAAAAAAUGGACCUUCAAUGGUAAAGAUUUUACUAAAUCGUAAUAUCGCUGAGAUCCAAGCUUAUCAACGUGCAAGACUUGAUAAAAUUGAAGAAAGUAUAGCUGAAACUGAUUUGAUCCGUAAAAUUAAGGCAUGUUUUCUAACUGUACAAAGAUUUUACGAGCAGUCAUGCAUGUUGGGUUCAAGCUCGGAAGCGAAUGAGCUAAUAAUUUUGAAUGGCGUGACAGUGUCUGAUCUAUGCAACGAAUUAAUUGACUAUCCAGUUUGGGUUGGCUUCCAUUAUUAUUUUAUGAGAACUAUCAAUAAAGAAGGCUUGAAAAUUGUCUACGAUGACCUCAAUUACUUUGUUAAAGAAGGCCAAAAACUACGUCAUUUACGGGUCUUGCCAUCAAAAUAUACUCAUAAACCGCAGGCUACAACAAUAUUUGGUGGAUCAAAAGUAUAUAGUAAAGGACAAAUUCCACUUAGUCACUGGCCACUAAAUGAUUAUCCUCCUAGUGUUGAUUCAGUAUCUGGAUAUUCAACUAUUACUAGAAUGUCCACUGCUACAACGUCUCCAAAUUCUUGGCAAAAUGAUUGGAAAAUGCAAUCCCGUCAUGAUGAGUACGAUCAUCGAUUAACAGAAACAACAAUACCAAACAUACGUGAUACACGUGCUCGCGGCCAUGAGCAGUUCGCAAUUCGCUUCAAUAAGGAGCUCAGCUGUCGCAUAGAUUUCGCCCUUGCUGAUGUUGAAGCAGUUUUGUCGACUACAAUGGUAAAUUAUAAAAUGGAUCCACGUGUAGUAGCAGCGUGUGACAAAGACAGCAUUCCAAAUAUGUUAGAUAGACACGGAGAUUUGACGUGGUUAAAAAAAGCUGAGUCACGGAUCUCUUCAAUUCUAAAUAAUGAGCAACCAACUGUUGAAGAUAAAAAGGAUUUACAAGUAUUGUAUUAUGCCAAACAACGUUAUGAACAAACGUUGUCACGCUACGAAUGUCAUCCAUUCACGCAACCACAAUCUGACAGCAAAGAAACGCUUUCUUCUGCGGUUAUAAAUAGCGGCUAUGCGAGAACAGCACAUCUAUGCAUCAACGAUAGUUGGAGACGUAUCAUUGAUUCAAAUCGCAUUCCAACGCACGCUUUGCAAGUCUUGAAGUUACUGGUGACUGACCAAGAUGCUUGGCCUUUGGAUUCAGAUUUUUCUAAUUUAUCAUUGGUUGAUCGUGCAGAUAAGAUUUUUGUACCUCAUGUAAUUGAACUCUUUAAUCGCUUUCAUGUGAAAAACAAGGGUAUGAAAUUCUUAGCUAUUACCACGUUUUUAAUUAUCGUGAUAUUUUUGGUAUUCCUUGCAUUAGUUCUUGCAUUAUCACAAAAUAAAGAAGACGUGGGUUAUUGCCCAUCAAAGGCUUUCCGUUUUGAUCCCAAAAAUCCUCAUCGUAUGUUUAUAUCUUACUUUUUAACCUUGAAAAUGAACAUAUAA